UUUUCAGAGCUUUGAGGGACUGGCUGUGCAAAUAAAAGGAGCAUGCGUGUACAGAUCGCGGCAUAUAGCGUGUAUAAAUAAACAAAUGCUACUUUUCACUUUUUCCUCCCCAAUAUUUCCACUUUUCACUGCAGAACACCCUUGUGCGUCCUAAUCUAUAAAACUAAUACAAAACCAAGAAUUAUUACAGUCUACAAUGAGAAUUUCGUCGAUUUUAUGAAAAGUCAGGUUUGUCCCAACAAACCAUAUUUUACGCGGUCUUAAUCACCCACCCUCCCGCAAUAUGUUUGUUUCUAUAAUAUAAGCUUCUCCUCCUUUCUAGGGUUUCAGGACGCCCGCUUUAAAUUGUUUUCAUAUUCUAUUCUCAUAAUCGGGGACAUGUCGUGUCCUUGAUUUCGCUCUUUUCUGCCUUUUUGGUCCGAAAGAUUGGUGGGAUUUUCUUUUGAAGCAUAAAGUUCGAAUCCUGGGAGCUUUUCUUUGUUGCGUGUGAUAAGGGAUUGGUUGGAUGUGGAACAGUUGUUGAAAUUUGAUCUUUGUUUUUUGAAAUGUGUUCUGUGCAUUUUCAGUGAUUCUUCGAUCUUGGCUGUUGGCGUCUGGAUUUGAUAUGAACUUGCGUUCUUGGGAAUAAGAUGGGUUCUUUUUUCUCUGAGACAAUUUUAUGAUUAAUUACCUGUUGGUUCGACUUUCUUUUCUGGCGUUGUCUGAAUAUCUUGGCUGUCAAUUCUUUUUGUUUAUGUAGUAUUAGUCUUUUGAAAGUGUAAUUGGGCUGCUUUUAGUGUCGAUUCACGUUAUGAUUUCUUUAGUUUUGAUGGGCACUUUAUUGUUUUCUGUAAUCUGAGUGUGAUGCGAACAACAGAAUUGCAUCAUCAUCGUCAUCAUCAUCAGGGUUUCGAUUUUCGAUGUUGAACUGGCGCCGUGAUCAGGUUCAUUCGAUGGAAUCCAGCGGACAGGAACAAGAACUGGAGGCUUUUCAGAAGCAAGUCACCGAUCGCCUGCACAGUCUAGCUGCUGCCGACUCAAAUGAAUUGCUCUCAAUCCCAUGGCUCCGGAAGCUUCUAGAAGCAUUCCUCAGUAGCCAAGAGGAAUUUAGGGCAAUUCUUUCCAACAACAGGCCUCAUCUAAACAAGCCCCCCAUGGAGAGAUGCCUCUCCGAAUACUUUGAGAGAAGUGUCAAGGCUUUGGAUGUUUGCAAUGCAGUUAGAGAUGGGAUCGAGCAAAUAAGACAGUGGGGGAAGCUGCUAGAGAUUGUGUUAUGUGCAUUGGACAAUCAGAGGAGCAUUGGGGAAGGGCAGUUUCGGAGGGCGAAGAAGGCGCUCGAUGAUUUAGCCAUUGGGAUGCUCGAUGAAAGAGAAUCUCAUGCCCACAUGUCUUUCCGGAACCGUUCUUUUGGGCGCAAUACGACGCAGAGGGAGCAGAGGACUUUAGGACAGUUCAGGUCACUGUCUUGGAGUGUUUCGAGGAACUGGUCUGCAGCUAGGCAGCUCCAAGCAAUCAGCAGCAACUUGGUAGCUCCGCGGGCUAAUGAAAUCGCAUCUACCAAUGGCCUAAGUUUAGCUGUUUUCACAAUGGGCUAUGUUCUUCUGUUCGUAACAUGGGCGCUUGUUGCUGCAAUCCCCUGUCAAGAUCGCGGGCUUCCAACACAUUUCCAUUUGACAAAGCAGUUCCCGUGGGCUGUCCCAAUGCUGGCGCUUCACGAGAGGAUUUUGGAAGAGUGGAAGAAGCGAGACAGGAGAAAUGCUUGUGGGCUGUUGAAGGAGAUUCAUGAGAUUGAGAUAUGCGCGCGCCAUUUGAAUGAACUGAUCGAUAAUGUCCAGUACCCAAUGACGGAUGAUAAGGAAGGAGAGUUGAAGGAUAGAGUUGAGGAAGUGAGGAAAGUGCACGAAUCCAUAAAGGAAGGAGUCGAUCCUUUGGAGCGCCAAAUUAGGGAAGUUUUCCACCGGAUUGUGCGCAGCCGGACUGAAGGUCUCGAUUCAGUCAACCGAGCAAAUGGCCAUGACUGAUUGUUCGAUUUUUCCAGUCUGUGUGUACCCUCAGCCUCCGGCGAAAACCAGCCCAUCAAGAGUAGGAUGCGCGGUGGAUUUGCUCUAUAGUUGCACAGUUCUGUUAGCAGCAGGGCAGGGUAUUAGUUGAAUCGAAUCUUUAGUAAGUUUACUGCUGUGCUAAAAACCCAGUCUUUGUGCUAAUAAGAAUAUAAUUUACUACCAAUUUACUCAUCAUAUGAACCAACACUACUGCCAUUAUAGUCUUUCUCCUCCCUUCCUAUGGAUAGAAUCAGUCAUUUGAUUUGUCUCUAA